GGAGGCCUACCUGCAACUGUGCGCAGGGUUUUACAGGACCAAACUGCAAUCAGACGGUCUGUGAUCAUUUUUGCCAAAACGGAGGAACCUGCGGUGUCACUGCUGGGAAUCAACCCCUUUGCAGCUGUUUGCCUGAGUAUACAGGAGACCGAUGUCAGUAUUCAAUGGGGGACAGCAGAGCUGCGGAAGGAGCCAGCUGGUAAGGAUACUGUGGCUUACUGGACGCGUGUAGUAGUUUAUGUCCAAUGUUCAGCCAACUGGUCAGGCACACAGUGUGAGAGGCCAGCUCCCAAAAGCAGCAAGUCUGACAAUAUCAGUACAAGAAGCAUUGCAAUCAUUGUCCCUCUUGUUUUACUGGUGACUUUGAUCACUACUCUGGUAAUUGGACUAUUUCUUUGCAAAAGGAAACGAAGGACAAAAACUAUCAGAAGACAACCCAUUAUAAAUGGAGGAAUCAAUGUAGAAAUUGGAAAUCCGUCAUAUAACAUGUAUGAGGUGGGCCAUGAUCACAGUGAAGGUGGUCUUUUAACCUCAGAUUUUACUGUAAAUGCAGAAAAGGCCAGAUACAUAGGGGGAGGGCCCACUGCAUUCAAGCUUCCCCACACAACUCCAUCAGUCUACCUAAACUCUGACUUGAAAGGACCACUAUCAACAGGGCCAACAAAUUACGCCAAUCCAGUAUAUGCAAAGUUAUAUAUGGAUGGACAAAACUGUCGAAACUCCUUAGCAAGUGUUGAUGAAAGAAGAGAACUCCUUCCAAAGAAAAUAGAUAUUGGGAUAAGGGAGACUGUGGCAUAAUCUGCUGUUACCUUUUAUACUCUGUAUAAAUGUAUAAAAUAUAAGGAUUACUUUUCUAUGUACCAACAGUAUUAUAAUUGUUUUGGCAUCAGCAUUACCUCUGUUUUUUGUUUGUUUGGUUGUUUUCUGGGUUUUUCUUUUGCUGAUGACUUUUGACUGACCAUUUGUAAGGUAUUUUUAUGAAAAAGAAACUGCACUACGGUACAAUUUACAACGAUGCUGCUGAAAUAACACACCUUUAAAUUUGUUAAAAUUGCAAACAACACAUCCGUUUGUAGCGUGAAAAUGAGCAAUCUAUUUUCUAUGAACUUUUUUGGUUCUACUUAAUCGAUGAAGAUGGUAUCUGCACUUUUCCAUUAUGUAGUUUGGAAGCUGUAGUACAGUGUGUAAUUUUGUUUAUUUUAAAUGGUGAAAGAAUGAUUGAAUGGUCUACUCUUCUUUGUGCCCAUUAGAAUUUCUCUUCAGAUUCUGAUAAAGCUAGAUAACUCUUCACAAACAAACAUAACUUGCUUUUAAAU